AUGGGGAAGACUGGAUUGUUCGAUCUUGAAAAGCACUUUGCUUUCUAUGGAGCUUACCACAGCAACCCAAUCAACAUAGCGAUACACAUGCUCUUCGUUUGGCCAAUCCUCUUCACGAUUCUUCUUAUCCUCUACUUCACGCCCUCGUUAUUCAGUUUUGGGUUUCCGCUGUUUGGGAGCCAUGUUGUUCUGGUUUUCAACAUCGGCCUCUUGUUGACUUUAAUCUAUUCGGUGUUUUACGUCUGUUUGGAUGCGAAAGCUGGCUCCUUGGCUGCUCUGCUUUGUGUUAUUUGCUGGUUUGCUAGCUGUUUCCUUGCAACCCAAUUGGGGUUUUCCAUCUCUUGGAAGGUUGUUGUGGUGGCACAGAUUGUGUGUUGGACGGGACAGUUUAUUGGCCAUGGGGUUUUUGAGAAACGGGCACCAGCUCUGUUGGACAACCUUGCACAAGCCUUUCUAAUGGCUCCCUUCUUUGUUCUGUUAGAGGCUCUGCAAAGCUUCUUCGGUUAUGAGCCAUACCCAGGGUUUCAUGCAAUAGUUCAAGCAAGGGUUGAUGCUGAAAUCAAUGAAUGGCAAGAGAAGAAGAAGAGAUUGAUCUCUUAG